UCCUAGAGAUUACUUACUGUGAUCUAGAGACAGUUCCUCUUGCGGUUGAAAAAGCACCAAAGCUAGAAGUGUUAGAAGUUCGUGAUUGUAAAUUAAGUGAGAUCGAUUUGGCAACAUUUUGUGAUUACUCGUCUUUAAGUACACUCAAUUUGCAGCGCAAUAUGAUACGCUACGUUGUGAACACGUCGACAAGGAAGUGCCGCGUCUACGAUACCCUCACUGAUUUAUUACUGGAUAGAAAUAUGCUUACCGCAGUCAACAUGGAUUUGUUUCAUAUUUUUAUCAAUCUGAAGGUAUUGAAUUUUCACAACAAUAGCAUAAUAUCGCUAAGUGGCAGGUUGCAUCAUAACAAACUGACAGCUCUAACGCUGAGUAGAAACAAGCUCGAUCAUGUAGAUCUGUGCGGUUGGUAUGUGCCAUCAAUGGAUACAGUAUCUUUUGCUUCAAACUAUCUUACAAAGGCACCGGAAUGCAUGAACAAUUGGACCAGUGUUUCAUUGCUUUUCUUGAACAAUAAUAAGAUAGCCAACUUCAAUAUCGAAAGUGUAGCAGGCCUAUAUAAUUUAACAUUGCUAGAUCUACAAUGCAACCAGCUGACCGAAGUGAUGUUGAACAGUGCACUUUUCCCACCGAAUCUAGAGUUACUUGACAUUCAGAGAAAUAAUCUAACGUCGCUGGACGUAUCGUUCAUACCGGUGCGUUCGUUAAAUGUUAAUGCACCAUAUAAUUUAAUUUCGAGCUUUGAUAAAAGCAACACCUCUCCAAAUAUCACAGAGCUAUCGAUGAAGGGAAAUCCGAUUGACUGUUCGUGGAGCACGCGUUUAGAACAAUUGUACGGUGAAUGCUACAGGAAUGAUGAAUAUAUCUUUUUGCACAAUCAAAAUGACAGGAUUUGCGAAAAUACCCUAGUAGUGGUUAAUCGUUUACUAUAAAUAUUUAUUAAAAUUAACAAAAAUAUUUAAUAUAUAAAGGAAAAUUAAGCAGGAUAACUAUCCAUAAGCUAACAGAUACCAGCAUUUGUUCAUUGUUCUUUAUGUUUUCGUUAGAAAGUUUGAAUUGAAAUUUAUUAUUACUUAUGAGCUAACAGAUUUCGGUGGAGCUUCUUUGAUCGUCCUGGGUGUGAUUGCUGAGUAAUUUAAAUUCAUUUAAUUUUAUUUUACUUUUAUAUUUUCUUACCUGUACAGCGGGUUGCGCCAAGGGGUGGGAAGUAUCAUCAUUAUUAUUAACCAUAAUUCGAAAUAAAACGCUGUUUGAUGAUCACAAAACAAAUUGUUUUACUUUAGUCGUACCAAACUAUAUAAAUUGAGGUCCAACAUACCCAAAUGAGGUGAAGCACGCGAUCGCAGGGAUUUACUAGUAAGAGAUCAGUUCGUUCUUAGCCGAGUGUCCUAAUGAUUCGAUGGAUUGUGUGGCUGUGGAUCGUUUCAAACGCUGUAAGCAGUAGCAAUAGGAAGCCUAGCAUUUUCUGUACUUCUGAGUGCUUCGUGGCAAACUUCAAAAGUAAAGAGGACUCGUUUGUGUUUCAAAAUAUCUCGAAUUUAUCUAACAUACUUACCUUGCAAAAUGUCUUUAUCAAGCACAUGGAUUACUCCAUCCUGGAAAAGUUGCCCAGUUUUAUAGACAUACUUGUGAUAUUCAACUCCAAAAAAUUACAAUGGCUUGAUAUUCCGUCAGCGUUAAGCAUGGUGAAAAUUCAAAUAUCCAGCUUGCGGAGGAUCGAUAUUGCUGCCAACAGUUCAAUUAGUUUCUUAACGAUAUUGGGUUCCAAUCUAACUAGCGUUCCGAUAACUUUGCAGAAUGCAAAAAAGUUAAAAGGUAUAACAAUAACUCAUUCUAAAUUGAGCGAGAUCGAUUUGGCAACAUUUUGUGAUUACUCGUCCUUAAGUGAACUUAAUUUGGAGCGUAAUAUGAUACGCUACGUUGUGAACACGUCGACAAAGAAGUGCAGGGUCUACAAUACCCUCACUAAAUUAGUGCUGGAUAGAAAUAUGCUUACCACAGUCAACAUGGAGCUGUUCAACGUGUUUUCCACGCUGAGGGGGCUAGUUGUUCAGAGCAAUAAUAUAACAUCACUAUCUGGCCAGUUGUAUCACGACACUUUGGAGACUCUUUCGUUUGAUGGAAACAAAUUGAAGCAUCUAGAUCUGUGCGGUUGGUAUGUGCCUUCAUUGAAUACACUCUCAAUUGCUGCCAAUGAGCUUUCCACGGUGCCGGAAUGCAUACACAGUUGGACACGUGUAACGAGCCUCUUCCUGAGCCAGAAUAAGUUGACGAAAUUCAGCAUCGAAAGUGUAGCGUGUAUGAAUAACUUAACAUGGCUAGAGCUACAAUGCAACCAGUUAACUGAAAUCACGUUGAAUAGUGCACGCUUCCCCGCAAAGCUAGAGUUAAUUGACAUUCGCACAAAUAAUCUUACAUCGCUUGAUAUUUCGUUCAUACCGGCACAAGCGUUAGAUGUUAAUGUGGAAUAUAAUUUAAUUUCGCGCUUCGAUGUGAACAACACCUCCCAAAAUGUGACAAGUUUAAGAAUGCUAGGAAAUCCAGUUGAUUGCUCAUGGAGUUCGCUUUUAGAUCGAUCGUACAGCGGAUGUAACAGGAGUGAUGCAAGUAUUCGUUUGCGCGAUCAUCAUGUGAAACUAUGCAAUACAGACCAUUUGAGAAAGAAUCUUUUUUAUUGAACAAAAAUAAAUCGAAUUGCACACAUCGGAGUAAUGUUCCAGAGCAGUGAUGUCACACUCGUUAUGCAUUGCAGUUAAAAAUAUUGGCGCGGGUCGCAGUUCCGCUGCGGGGAUUGGGAAGGUUGCAUAGGCUAUAGCCUGAGUAGAUGAAGACCACCACACAAUGCAUUCGUAUUCCAGAAACGGUCGAACAAGAGCACAUUAAACCGUCUUGAUGCACUGGGGGUCAUGGAGCGCACGCGUCAUGUUUCCAAUUAGAUAUUUCAAUACAAAGCUAACCAACUGUUCAAAAAGCUUUAAUGUUACAAAAUGGGUGAAAAUAUGAGA